AUGGAAGAAUAUUUGUCCAAAAUCAAGGUCAUAGUUAGUCAAUUAGCUUUGGCCUCUGUUAUCAUUGAUGAUAAGGAUCUGGUCCUCAUUACUCUAAAUGGUCUUCCUUUAGAGUAUGAUGUUUUUUCCACCACUGUUCUAUCUCAAAAGAAGUAUGCUCAGGAUAUUAUUCUUAAAGCUAGUAUGUUGGAUUGCAAAGCUUGCUCAUCUCCCAUCUCUGUCAAGCCUGGUCUGCCUGCACAUUCAGAUGAGCCCUUUGCCAAUCCAUCUGUCUAUAGAAACAUAGUUGGAGCCUUACAAUAUUUGACAAUUACUAGACCUGAUAUCUCAUUUGCUGUGAAUCAAUUAUGUCAACAUAUGUAUAAUCCCACUGUUGGUCACUAUGUUGGUAUAAAGAGGUUGCUUAGGUUCAUUAAGGGCAUCAUUUCUCAUGGUCUUACCUAUAACCCCAGCUCAUUUGAUCUUCAUGCUUAUUCCGAUUCCAAUUGGGCUAGAGAUUCUGUUGAUAGAAAAUCUACCUCAAGAUUUUCCUAUCUUAAAGACAAGCUCAUGUCUCUUUCUCCCUCCAUCAGCUUGCAGGGGAAUGUUGAAGAUACACCACCAGCUAACUUAGCUACUAGCUCAGCUAGCCUAGGUUGCAGUCGCAACUCCAAGCUACAACUCUUACCACAGCUUCAACCUCAGCUAUCAGCUAAGACAUUUUGA